UGGGCACAUGUUAUUUGUGCUCUUUACAUUCCUGAAGUACGUUUUGGUGAUGUGCACAGUAUGGAUCCCGUUAUUCUUAACGAUGUACCUUUAGAAAGGUUUCAACAACCGUGCUAUCUCUGUACGGAACGUGGUGAUCGAAAACAGGCACUUCAAGGUGCUUGUAUGUCCUGUAACAAAUUAGGUUGCAAAAAAGUUUUUCAUGUUACUUGUGCACAAGCUGAAGGACUUUUAUGUGAAGAAGGUGCUGGUUCUAAAAACGUUAAGUAUUGUGGAUAUUGCUCAUCACAUGCCAAAAAAGCGGUAUGUUUUUAUUAG